CUCGGCGCCACCGUUCUAGUACAAGUUUUCCUUCCUCUUCCCCAAAAAUAACGAAAGAAAAUAGUUUCCCCUUCCGCGACCCAAUCCCGGCCUCGGCGCCGUCGUCCUCCCACCGCCAAGUCCCAAAACCAAGCAGCAAAGAGCAGCACGCUGGUUCGCGGCAAAAGCAAUCCAAGAUGUGCGGCCGGGCCAGGUGUACCCUCAGUCCGGCGCAGGCCGCCAGGGCUUUCGGUUUCCCAAGCACCACUACCGCCGGGGGAGCGGGCGGCGGCGGCGGAGAAGACGCUCCCGCGGUGCCGACGCUCCAGAUGGAUAGGUUUCGGCCGUCGUAUAACGUGUCGCCCGGGGCGUACCUCCCGGUUGGGGCCGUGCGUGCGCGUGCGCGGGGCAACGACGGAGAUGGAGGAGGAGGCGCGGAGGAGCACGUGCCAGUUAUCCAGUGCAUGAAGUGGGGGCUUGUACCCAGCUUCACAGGCAAGAACGAGAAACUCGACCAUUUCAGGAUGUUCAAUGCUAGAUCAGAGUCUAUAAAGGAAAAGGCUUCAUUUCGGCGACUUAUCCCGAAGAAUAGGUGUCUUGUUGCAGUAGAAGGGUUCUUUGAGUGGAAAAAGGAUGGAUCAAAAAAGCAACCAUAUUACAUUUAUUUCCAAGAUCAGAGGCCUCUUGUUUUUGCUGCUCUGUUUGACACAUGGAAAAAUUCAGAAGGAGAAAGCCUUCACACAUUUACCAUUUUGACUACUCGUUCAUCAACUUCAUUGGGAUGGCUUCAUGAUAGAAUGCCUGUGAUCUUGGGUGAUAAAUACUCUGUUAAUGCUUGGUUGCACAAUUCAUCUCUGAAGCUUGAAGAAAUUACUGUACCAUAUGAAGGAGCUGAUCUAGUUUGGUAUCCAGUGACAACUGCAAUGGGCAAACCUUCUUUUAAUGGCCCCGAGUGCAUCGAAGAGGUACAAAUAAGGCCUAGCGGAAGGCCUAUUUCAGAAUUCUUCAUGAAGAAAUCAGCUGCACAUGGGCAAUCAGUGAAGCCUGAUAAGACUUCACCAGAGGUUGCAGAAACACAAGCAUCCAGAACUGCAAAAGAGGACUGCGAACUGGGAGAAAAUCAACUAGACAAAGCAGACAAACAGCAGCCUGCAGAGAAGGAGUGUUCUAGUGCAGUUAAGGAUGAAUCUGUUACUUUGGAACCACAAACUUUUUAUACUACUCAUAACAUUAAGAGAGAAGAUGUUCUGGAAUUAAACCAGAAACAAGAUACUUCCGGAAUCAAGAGGAAGAUCCAGGACACUGAAGUCAAAGCAGAGACGAAGACAGAGAACGCUGGUAGAUCGACCGUUGGUCCUGUUAAAAGGAAAGAAAAAGGCCCAAAAACUGCUUCAGAUGGACAAGCGUCACUGCUAUCCUUUUUCGCAAAGAAGUAGCUUCCCAGGUGUUUUAGUUUUCUGCAUUUUGCUGUCAGUUAAAGAAUAACAGAGCACAUCUAGUACUAGUAAUCUUUGCUACCGCUAUACUUAUUCGCAAAGAAUCCCCAGGUGUUUUAGUUUUCUGCAUUUUGCCGUCAGUUAGGAAUAACAUAGGAUAUCUAGUUACUGGGAAGUGCUAAAGUAUGCCAUGUCCCUUGGGUGUGUUAAUUUUCUGCCUUUUUCCAUCUAUUUAAGUACUAUAACGGAGCUUAUCUGGUAGUAGUUGCCAUUGUUA